CAAACUGCAGGAGCGUUUCCCACAACGUCUGCGAACACGCGUCGCUCUCUUUUCCACCACGUCCCAAUGAAAACGCCCGCCAGCAACGGCCAAGAUGGCUUCCUCGAACUCGCCGUCGGAUAUUGAAUCCGGCGUCAACAGGGAAGACUCUGCCCAGCCUGGAGCCAGGAAGAGCGCUGAUGCUCGGGCGACGCCUGCACUGGAUGAUGGCGCAACUACACGGCGCGAUAAGGACCUGCCGGCCCAGGGCCACGCGUUGAUGCAGGGCGUGAAGCGGCGCGUUCCUGGUGGCGUUCGGCGCAGAUACGGGACGGCUGUGAGCUGGCUUCGAGGACCUGAUCCGCCGCGACCGUGGAAGAUACGACCACUGCUCCCUCGCGUGCAGCAACUGCCCCUGCGGCUGGUCGACCGUCUUCUCCCACGGCGGUGGCAAAGGGCCGUUGUGCUCCUGGUCUUCUACGUCUGUUGGAUUGCGACAUUCGGCGCCGUGAUGCACAAGUCAUCCGCGGUGGAUGAUAUCGGUGGUCAGGGGUCGCCGUUCUUGGUGGGAUGCGGUGGUUCUUUCUGGUCGCAGAACAACGGAUGUGGUCUUGAUGGCAUUGAUUGUCAGCCUUUUGCAAAUAGCUCGUUCGCAUUCCGGUGCCCUGCGAGCUGCAGCAGUCAACAAGUGCUGAACCCUCGUUUCGUGGGCGCCACUGAAGUCAUAUAUGAGACGCUGGUGGUUGGUGGGGCUACACCCAACGCCAACGGCGGAUCUGAUGGAGUGUCUGGCUUUGUCUACCGCGCAGAUUCCUUCAUUUGCUCUGCAGCCAUCCACGCUGGGGUGAUAUCCAACUCCCAGGGCGGCUGUGGCGUGGUCUCUCUUGUCGGUCAGCAGAGCAACUACCCCAGUGUGGUCCGUAACGGCAUUCGCAGUGUGGGAUUUAACUCGACAUUCCCGUCGUCUUUCACCUUCGAGCCAGGAAGUGGUAUGGCCUGCAGGGAUCUUCGGUGGCAGCUGCUCGCUGUUUCUGUUGUCUACACAGCAGUCUUGUCCUUAUUCACCAAGUCUCCAUCCGUCUUCUUCUACUCGGUAUUCAUUGCGUGCUAUCUUCAGUCCGCUCUCGCAACAUCCACCCCGAGAUAUGCCGACAUAUAUUCCUUGGUCUCCACCGCUCUGGGCGGCCUCCUACCCGCUUUGUUCAUUGCCCAGGUCAUGUUCACGCUGUACAUGCGCCGAACUCUGCUUGGUCUGACAGCUCAAGUUGAGAAGACUGUACUCUGGCUUGGCCCAUGCUGGGUUGGCUCCCUCGCAGACUAUACAUUUGAGCUGAUUCCUCUUUCGAGACUCACAAGCCACGACAUAAAGCAACAACCGGGCGCGAUUGCCUCCCUGGUUGUUAUUGUAUUGGUCAUAUUCGUCGUAUUCGUUGGGCAGGCCUGGACCUUCCGGCGAGAAGGCCGGCUUCUUCGCUAUCUCGGUCUGUAUGUUUGUCUCGGGGUAUGCAUUGGCCUAUUGGCCGCCGUACCCAACGAGUCGCUGCGUAUACACCACUACAUCCUUGGUCUCCUGUUGAUACCAGGGACAUCGAUUCAGACAAGGCCAAGUCUUGUUUACCAGGGCAUUCUCGUCGGCCUCUUCGUCAACGGCGUGGCGAAGUGGGGGUUUGACUCGAUCUUGCAGACGGCCGCUGCCCUGCAGGGCGACGCCAUCAUGGGGACCGUUUUGCCUACCGUCACAGCCUCCAACAUCACAGCCUCAAAUAUCACCUUCAGCUGGCCGAGCGUGCCCGACGGCUACGCUGGGACAAGCAUCCUGGUCAACGAUGUGGAGCGCUAUCGCUCAUCCCAAGGCGAGCAGUCUCUGACCUGGCAGAGAUCUGACGGCGAUGCAUCAUUGCCAGAGUACUUUAGAUUCGCAUACUACGCUUUAUCUGCUGCAUACGGCUUGCAGAGUGGUGACUACACGAAAGCUGGAACCUGGUAUGCCAAUGGCACGUGGCAGCAGAUGGAACCCGGGGCGAGCUGAUUGAUAGAAUUA